UUGCAAUAUAGACCUCAUCAUAUGAAUGGUUACCUGCUACUUCAGAUUUUCGCAUAUUCAAGAACCUCCACUUUCCAAUUUGUGCUACCCUUUGUCGUGUUGCGCUUUGAUUCGGUUCUGGGUGUUCAAAAUUUUGUUGAUUUUCCGCAUUUUUUGGAUUGGCCAUUCUUCCCUCCCCUGCUAGGUGCUUUGAUUUGGAGAGGUUUGAACACAGAACCGAACUUUCAAUAACCCCAUCAUGCAACGAUUGGUUGAUCAUGUCCUCGCUGUCUCUAAAGAAUGAUGAGCAUUUGCAUCCGGGUUUAGUGCAGGUCAGUGAAAACUAUUACUUGUGAGUCCUUGAACAACAUUGUAAGGAUAAUCAAUGGAGUAUCAGCCCUUUUGUUGGCAUUACUGCCUGGGAAAGCUAAUAUGCUUGAAGGUAUUCAAGGGUGGGAGCUCAGGCCAACUUUCCGUGGACCACGACUUCCACGUUGGAUGGAGAAUGGUGUAUCCUCUUUCAACCAGUUUGUCCAUGAACUUUCUGUGGAUUCUGAUAAUUCAACCUCUGGAUACUCCUCUGGAGAAGAAGAUAGUGAUAGAUUUGAAUACCCUCCAUCGCCUGCAUCUCAUAGUUCGAGAGCCUCUGAUGCUGGUUUUACCAAAUAUAGUAGGCGCCAGAUGGACUGGAUGCAGUAUAUUUUAUUUUGGAUUUUGUUCCCUGUAAAGUUGUUGCUGGGAAUUCCACUUCGUCUUUUCAAGUUAGCUUAUUCUGGAGUCUCAAAAGCUCUGUCUGUCUCUGGAAACAAUCAUCCUUCGCGUUUACGUGCACAUAAGAGGGUGCAAAGCCUUAAGGAUCAUAUUAUCCACCGUGCUACUGAUAGGAGACGUGGAGUUGUAGAGGAUCUUCAUCUAGCAACAGAGAUAUGCAUAGAAUCUGUCUUCGAUGUUUUUCACAAGGCAGCACAUCUUCUUCUUUCCCCAUCAGAAGCUUUUGGGACAUUAUUUAGGUUCUUUUCAUCUCAUGAAGGCGGCACUAAAGAAGAUCCACACGGUGUUGAGGACACCACCAUUUCUACAACUGCAACAGGAGAGAAUGAUCAAACACCAACCCAGAGGAACACGAACUAUCAGUCUCUUAAUACAGAUGCACGAACAUGUCAGGAUGUCAUAACUGAUCUUGGGUAUCCGUACGAGGCAAUUCGUGUGAUCACUGCAGAUGGAUAUAUUCUUCUUUUGGAAAGAAUACCUAGGCGAGAUGCAAGGAAAGCUGUCUAUCUUCAGCAUGGGGUUUUGGAUUCUUCAAUGGGUUGGGUAUCUAAUGGUAUUGUUGGCUCUCCAGCUUUUGCAGCCUAUGAUCAAGGGUAUGAUGUAUUUCUAGGGAAUUUUCGUGGUUUGGUUUCUAGGGAACAUGUCAACAAGGACAUAUCAUCACGUCAAUACUGGCACUACUCCAUCAAUGAGCAUGGAACUGAGGACAUUCCUGCUAUGAUAGAGAAAAUCCAUGAAGUAAAAACUGCUGAAUUGAAGCUUAGUAAUCCUGACAUUGAGGAAGAAACUAAUGAUGAUCAGCUCUACAGACUCUGUGCAAUUAGUCAUAGUUUGGGAGGAGCUGCCAUGAUGAUGUAUGUCAUCACGCGAAGAAUAGAAGAGAAGCCCCACAGACUUUCAAGACUGGUUUUAUUAUCCCCGGCCGGUUUUCAUGAUGACUCUAACGCAGUCUUUGCUGCAGCCGAGCUUUUUAUAGUCUUGCUGGCUCCUGUCUUAUCUGUUCUUGUGCCAGCUUUCUAUAUACCAACCAGAUUUUUCCGUAUGCUUGUCAACAAACUAGCUCGGGAUCUGCAUAACCUUCCUGCAGUUGGAGGACUAGUUCAAACUUUAAUGGGUUAUGUUGUUGGUGGAGACAGCUCAAAUUGGGUUGGAGUUUUAGGAUUACCACACUACAACAUGAAUGACAUGCCGGGAGUAUCUUUUCGAGUCGCGCUCCAUCUGGCGCAGAUUAAGCGCGCCGGAAGGUUCAGAAUGUUUGAUUAUGGAAGUGCAUCUGCCAAUAAGAAGGCGUAUGGUUCACCUGAGCCUCUGGACUUGGGUGAGUCCUACAGACUCAUUGACAUUCCGGUUGAUCUUGUCGCGGGACAGAAGGACAAAGUGAUAAGACCUUCAAUGGUGAAGAGACACUAUAGAUUAAUGAAAGGUGGUGGGGUAGAUGUUUCAUAUAAUGAGUUUGAAUAUGCUCAUUUGGACUUCACAUUCUCCCACCGCGAAGAACUCUUAUCAUAUGUUAUGUCGCGCUUGCUGCUUGUGGAUCCUAAUCCAAAGCAUCAAGUGAAUCAAAGGGAUCCAAAGUCUAAGAGGAAAGAACAAGUUGUAACAAGCGGGUAAGUUGUACAAAAAUUUAUAUACAGUUCUUCCUUACUGAAGCCAUAUGGAGCUAUUUGCAUAUUUGGAAAUAGGCCUUCAAAAUAUGUUGAUGUUCAUGUUGUAAUUUAAUAUUCCGAUUAUCAACACGGAACAAAAGCAUUAGACUAGAGUCUAGGUUGAUGUUGUAUCAUGUAUUAUGUUGUUAGUUGUGUCUUUUUGGCAAUUUAAUGUUGUCAUUAGAUUUUCUCAGACUCUGGUUGGAGUAAUGCUUCAAUUCAAACACUUAUUGUUUCUUA